CGCUUCCUUAGGGAGGCGUGGCUAUGUGCGGUUAAAAUGCAGGCUACUGCCUUGGCUCCUCCCUCUUCUUCCACCAUGGGUUUCGGGGACCUGAAGGCUCCGUCGGGACUCGGAGUCCUCAACGACUUUCUGUCCGAGCGCAGCUACAUCGAGGGUUAUGUUCCCUCCCAGGCUGACGUGGUGGUGUUUGAGGCCAUCUCAACUCCGCCUACUGCUGACCUGUGCCACGCCCUCCGCUGGUACAACCACAUAAAAUCAUACCAGAAUGAGAAGAGCAGUCUUCCAGGAGUGAAGAAGCCUCUUGGAGAGUAUGGCCCAGUGGGCGUGGCCGACACCACCUCCACCUGUGCCGCUGCCUCGAAGGAAGACGAGGAGGAUGACUUUGACCUGUUCGGCUCUGAUGAGGAGGAAGAUGCAGAAGCAGCCAAACUGAAGGAGAAGCGUCUGUCGGAGUACAAUGCCAGGAAAUCAAAAAAACCCGCCCUCAUUGCGAAGUCAUCAAUAUUGUUGGAUGUGAAGCCGUGGGACGAUGAGACGGACAUGGAGAAGAUGGAGGAGUGUGUCCGCAGCAUCCAAAUGGACGGGCUGGUCUGGGGACAGUCCAAACUGGUUCCGGUGGGUUACGGCAUCAAGAAGCUGCAGAUUGGCUGCGUGGUUGAGGAUGAUAAGGUGGGGACGGACAUUCUGGAGGAGCAGAUCACAGCUUUUGAGGAUUUUGUUCAGUCCAUGGAUGUAGCUGCUUUCAAUAAAAUCUGAGAUGAAAAAU